GCUUCGGGGUGAAAUUGCAGUCACUGAAGAACGAGGAGCAUUUCUACAGUCUGAGAAGCCGAGAAAAGGCUGGACAGGGAAUUAACCCUUGGAAUUAUAUAAAGUGUGCGCUGUGCAUUAGGUUGUUGACGAUGGCGGAGCACCUCUCUCAGAGUGAACUGGAUUACCCAUUUAAACUGUUGGAGUACAUGAAUGGAUUCAGAAUUUCAAAGAUAAUCUUCUCUGCUUGUGAGCUGGGGGUCUUUGACCUCUUGCUCCAGUCCCAGAAACCCCUCAGUGCAGAGUCUGUGUCCCAGGAGCUGCAGAGCAGCCUGGAUGGCAUGGAGCGACUCCUGGAUGCCCUGGUGGGGAUUGAGAUUCUGGAUGUGGAAAUAACAGAAGGCAAAGCAUUCUACAGCAACACUGAUGUGGCAAACCUUUACUUGGCAAAAGGCAGCCCCAAAUCUCUGUUUGGCAUGGCUAUCUUCAACUCUGACCCCACAUACCUAAUGUGGGCGAACUUGACUUCUGCUGUCAGGGAAGGGAAAAACCAGUAUGAAAAAACCUUUGGGCUUUCAGCGGAGGACCUCUUUGAAACAGUAUUUAGAUCUGACGAAGAAUUGGUGAAGUUCAUGGGACUGAUGAAUUCAAUUUGGACCAUUGAUGGGCAUGAUGUCGUGACUGCCUUUGACCUUUCACCUUUCAAAACUAUAGUUGACCUUGGAGGCUGCACAGGAGCUCUGGCCCGCGAGCUGUCCAGGGCCUAUCCAGACUCCUCUGUCAUCAUCUUCGACUUGCCUCGAGUGGUGCAAGCUUCCAAGAAGAACUUUUCUCAACCAAGCGAUACCUUUACAUUUCAAGAAGGUGACUUCUUCAGCGGGGAGGUUCCGGUGGCUGAUCUGUACAUUGUGUCGAGGAUCCUUCACGACUGGAAGGAGGGGAAGUGCGUGCAGCUGCUGCAGAAGCUCUACGCGCGGUGCCAGCCAGGUGGCGGGGUCCUGAUUGUGGAAGCCCUCCUGAGUGAGAACAGAAGAGGCCCAGUGUACGCUCUGCACAACUCCCUCAACAUGCUCGUCCACACUGAGGGCAAGGAGCGGCCGGCCCCGGAGUACUUCAAGAUGCUUUCCACAGCGGGGUUCAAGGACCUCCAAGUUCGGAGAACAGGAAAAUCCUAUGAUGCUGUUUUGGGAAGAAAAUAAGCGCUAAGGAGAGGGCAGAGCACGGGUGUUUUUUUUUCUAGUCUUUAUGUAAAAGUGCAUGCUUAGGUGCUAAAUCUUUACAUGGGUUGAGAUCUGAUUAAAACCUGUGCACGCAAAAAAAGUGUUUUUAGAGAACAGCGUAUUUAGUUUAAUUUUCCUGAACUUGUGGUACUCGAUCUAGACAAUCACACAGAUUUACACGUUACCUCAGGCGAAUACAUGCCUACUUUCACCUCGUUUUUCUCACCUUGUAGAGUAGCAUUUACUCAGCUGUUUUUUCUUUGCAUGCUAUAGAAAAUGGACUCUGCACCAGUUGGCGAGAAAAGUGUUUGCUUCUCUCUUAUUUGUUCUUACUGGACCACAGUGAACACAGAAGUAAUGUUGUUUACCAGGUGGAUGCUGCAUAUUGGUGGUGGUGGAGGAGAGUCCUGUAAAGGUUUACAUUACCUGUAAAGCGCUUUGAGUGGAGUGUCCAGAAAAGCGAUAUGCAAGUGUAAGCAAUUAUUAUUAUUAUUUACCACAGGUUUGUGUUGAAUUUCCUUCAGACUGUAUUGUUGAGAAAUUAAAGUUCUGAGUGACGUCUCGCAUUCUGCUCAUA